AUGGAACGCGACAAAUUCUCUGAGCUAAUCGACUUGAUGAAUCGUACUUUAAACGAAGACAACGAUAAUAUUUACAGCUUGACGAAGGAGAAUGUGGAGGAGGCGUUGAAAGAGCUUUUUAAGAAGCAGAAGAGUCCUAUGGAGUAUUUGCGAUCGUUUAAAUAUAAAAAUGUGGAAAAGUUGCUCUUGCGGUACAGGGCUCUGCACCAUUACAGGGUUGAUGGGCAUGAAAUAAGCGAUCUUUCCAGUUUUCAUAGUUUUAACACCAACCAAAUAAUUGACCGAGUUCCGCCUGCCACAGCUGUAAAGCCUGGCAACUUAAAAAGGUAUUUUCUGCCCGCGCCUGUUGUGCAAUUUUACCUGGUUAAAACCAUGAGGGAGCACGACGCAGCGAUAACCACGAUAUUUAUAGAAAGAACCAAUCGAUACUUCCUUUCGGGGGAUGAGAGCGGCUGUAUAAAGCUGUUUAAUGUACGGACAGGACAUUUGAUCCGGGAGUUCUUUUUACACUUCGGUGGCAUCAACGACAUAAAUUUUAGCCAUUGCGGAACGUACAUGAUAUCAUCCGACAGCGGCGGAUGUGUAAAGAUCAAUAAUUUGCUGACCGAGAAAACGGUUGUUCACCAGUUUAACUCCAGCAUUCUGCUCGUUGAGGCGCUAGAGGAUGGGAUGAUUGUGCUGGAGAGCUCAGGCAUUCUACAUAAAAUCGAUAGAAAAAGCCGUACACACAUUAACAACAUCAUUCCGAACUGUGAGGGUGCUGUUGGUGCGGUAUGCAUCAGCGAGGGUGCCAACAUCCUCCUUGUUGGUGGGUCUUUUCCCUUUUUGCUCCUUUUCAAUCUCAAAGAUUUUAAAAACGAGGCUGUUAUUCUGGACACAGAAGGAUAUACUAUUUCAUACGUGUGUGCAAGCAGAAGAAGAACCAUUUUUAUGUGUUCCUCAUUCUACAACUACCUGUUUUACUUCGAAUUUAACGUGGGAAAGGGCACCUCGAACUACAAGAAGAACAACAACGCGUAUUUCUGGAAGAAGUACCGCAUACAGAUCGAUUUGGAUGAGUACGAUUACACGGAAAAGAUAGUUUUUCUUAAUGAUGAUAGAUAUUUUAUCACCACUGCGACAGAUAAUAAAUUACGGGUGUUCAAGAACAGAGAAAUGAUAAGGACCCUCAACAAUGUGAACGGAAAUCUUCUUGCCCAUCCCAUUUUUAACGUUUUCCUCGUGUUCAACUAUGAAAUUAAAAUCUAUGACGUUGAUUUGAACGUACUGCAGACCAUAAAAUUGGACUUUUUCAUCACAGAGAUAUCAUUCAGUGAUGACGGUCAUACUUUUAUUGUAAGUGAUGAAUUGGGGAAUAUUUACAUGUACUCGUUGUUCCCAACGCUUCCUAAAUCAAGUCUUAAUGAGUAUGUGGUUAAGGAGGCGAAUAUCCCUGUGAGUGAUGUGGAGCUGGCGUGUUUGGAGAGUCUUGAAAUAUAUUCCAUGGAUAUUUCCAAGAUUAAGAAGAAAUACUUCUAUGAAGAUAAGAGGGAAGAGAAGAAAUCGGAGAGCACAGCGAGUGAGAUAUCAGAGGAUUACACUGAGGAUCUGGGCACAGAUUACAGCUCGCAUUUUGAGGAUGACAGUGACAUGAGCAGCGGAAGCGAUGAUAGGAGUAUCAAAGAAAUUAGAACAGCAGGCAGCAGGGCAAGAAAUAACCUGAUCAACGUCAUCACAGAUGACAACUAUGAGAUACCCAUUAAGCGGAAUAGACGGAUCAUUAGCGAUGAAAGUGAUUCUUUUAGCAUAGUAGCCAAAAAGAGAGCUAGAGCUAGGUCACGUAAAAAGACAAAAAAGGUAAAUGAUGACAGCACAGACUCAUGCUGCAAAAAAAGAACGGCAAAAAAGAGCAAGACGGUGUCAGAAAUUACUUCUGAACAUGAGGGCGAUACGACCACAUUUUCUGAUCUUAGCAGCCUGAGUGAUUCAUUCUAA